AUGCCCAACGACUCCAACGGCUCCGACGCUCCCACUGCACCGCCGGUCGACUACAGUUGGGCCCCGCCCCUUGUGGAACACCCACUCGGCGAGGGCCGACGUCUUCGUGUUGUGGGCAUCGGCGCCGGGUUCAGCGGCAUCAACCUCGCACUGCACCUCCGCGAGAACGUGCGCGACGUUGACGUUACCAUCUACGACCUCGCGAGCGAUGUCGGGGGUGUCUGGCACCACAACCGCUACAUGGGUGUCGCGUGUGACAUCCCGGCGCACGCGUACCAGUACUCGUUUGCGGAAAACACCCAGUGGUCUCGCUUCUUUGCACCGGGUGCAGAGAUCAGGCAGUAUCUCGUCAACAUUGUGGACAAGUACAACCUCCGACCGCUCAUGAAGCUCCAGCACGAGGUGAUCGAAGCACGCUGGGACGCCAAAGCUGGCCACUGGGCGCUCAAGGUCAAGGACUUGCUCUCGGACACUGUCAUCGAGGACACGGCCGACUACGUCGCGUACGCGACCGGACUCUUGUCGAAGCCCAAGUGGCCAGACAUUCCCGGCCGCGAGACAUACAAGGGGAUUAUCCACCACUCGUCCGGAUGGGAUGCGGUUGCCGAGGAGGCCGAGGGGUCGCCGUAUGCCGGCAAGCGCGUCGGUGUCAUUGGUGUAGGCGCGAGCGCGAUCCAAAUCGUGCCCGAGAUGCAGAAGCGCGCCGCCAAAGUCGUCAACUUCGGUCGAGCACAGACUUGGCUGUCUGGAGUGUUCGCCGCCGAGACGCUCAAAAAGGUCGGCGUCGACUCCAAUGGCGCAAACCACACGUUCACAGAUGUGGAGAAGACUCGGCUCAAGGACGCUGAAUACUAUCGCGAGUUCCGCGCAGAGGUGGAGCGCGACCUCGCAUCUGUCCACCUGGUGACGCACCAGGGUCAGCCACUACAGGCAAUCGUCCGCGAGGCCCUCCUUGAGAACAUGACCCAAUGCCUUGCCACUCGCCCCGAAGUCGCCAAGGCUAUCAUUCCCGACUUUCCCCCCGGAUGCAAGCGCCUCACCCCUGGGCCGGGAUACAUGGACGCGCUGGUCGCCGACAAUGUCGAGUUUGUUUCCACGGGUAUCCAGGCGUUCACCGAGCGCGGUAUCCGUACCACUGACGGCAAAGAGCAUGAGCUGGAUGCCAUCAUUUGUGCCACUGGGUUUGACACGAGCUUCAUGCCGGGUUUCCCGAUCUAUGGCCUUGACGGCCUCAACCUGCAGGACAUGUGGAAGGAGGAUGUGGUCACCUAUCUGGCCAUUACGGUGCCUCGUAUGCCCAACUUCUUCACUGUGCUCGGGCCCAACACGGGUGUCGGCAGCGGCUCGCUGCUUAUCCUGAUGGAGCAGCAGGUCGCCUACGUAUCUCAGGUCAUCAACAAGGUCCAGCGGGAGGGAUACCGCUCAAUGGUGGUGCGCGACGGUCCUGCCAAAGCGUUCACCCGAUACACGGACGACUAUUUUGGCCGCACGGUCUUUUCGGCCAACUGCAAGAGCUGGUACAAGAACGGCGCGUUCGGCGCGGCUCGUAUCCGCUCUCUGUGGCCCGGGAGCAGCAGCCAUGCAUUCCUCGCCCUCAAGUACCCCCGCUGGGAGGACUAUGAAUGGGAACGCGACCCAGAAUACACCGACGACAUGGCGUGGCUCGGGAACGGCGACGUGCCCGCGGACCUUGACCCGGCAUUCUACGUCGAUGAGGCUCGUGAUUACUACAAGGUACAGUGA